CUCGUUUCACCUCGAGCUGGGAGCAACUGUGUGUCCGUCAGUCUGUGUCUAGCCGAUCCCUUUCGUACACUUAUCUUGCCAGCGUCUUAUAAGCGUCUUAUCAGUGAUUUAAAUUUAAACCUCACUUAGCGGCAACGGGGGUUUCGAUCGUAGAUAUGUCCAGUGUCACGGGAACGGGGUGAUGAGAAUGGGGUCCUCCCUGAAGAAAGAAAACAGUCAACUGGAUCAGUCAGAAGAGUGCAUACAGGCUCGCAAUCAAAGUGAUAUAAGACACGUGAAGUAAUACCUAGGAGUUCCAGGCGUCUCACGUCGCUGGACGCGACUUCCGGAGUCUCGUGUGGUCAUCCGUACGAUGUCAACGGCCACCGAUGCGCUGCUCCAUUCAAGCUAGAUUAACUCUUCUCAACCAUCUCCAACGCUAUCACCAUCGGAACUCGUGCAUUUCGUGGCGAUAGUCGUGGACCAGUACAGUAGCGAGAGAUUGAUAAAGCCUCUAAACUGGACUGGACGAAAGCAAACAAAAACACAAUUCAAUUUUUUAUUGCACUGGAACUUGGUGGAGUGGAUUAAGGGGUUUUUUUUGUGUGUGCUGCCCCUCAUCUCAUCAAUAGCAUCAUCAUCGUCCCAUGAGUAAGCUGGUGGGACUGUGUUCCGAAAAAGUGAUAACCGAUGCCAGCAGCAGCACCAGCUUCACCAAUCAUCAUCACACGCACCAGUGUGCGAGAGACACCACGGAAAAUGUCCACCACGCUUGCAACCGGCACUAGCGACACGGAAUCGAGCAGUGUUGGUUGAAGCGGCAUCGUCGUCGCCGGCAGAGCUGUUUCGGUGGGGGUUUAGUUCGUCCGACCGGACCGAUCCGCAACGAUGGCAGACCCAACGAUACAGACGUUCUGCUGCCACAACCGGAUACGAUCACCGCCCGCCAUCAAGCUGAUGGCGGAGUUCGAUACGGACGGGUACAUUGUGGUGUGUUUGAUAUCGUCCGUGUUCGGCAUAGCCGGUGCGAUCUAUCAGAUUUGGAUCCGACACGAGGAUGGGCCCACACAUCAUGCCGUUCGGCGAAGGCGCGGCGGUGAGCUGACCCUUUCGAACCAGAACCUCGGCCGACAGAUCAUUGUCUGGCUGGCGGUAGCGGACCUGUGCGCUUCGUUGGGUGUUUUCCUGCGGUCCGCUCUCUGGAAGUACAUCAAGGAUGUCCUCCCGCCGGACAGCGAUGUGGACGAUACGACGAACGUCAUCUUCUGUGCCGUUUCGUCCGCCUGGAUACAGUACUUCUACAUGUGCACCUGGCUCUGGACACUCUGCUAUGCGAUCAACGUGCGGCGGCAGCUCAGCGGGGCACGGUACGCACUGCGAACCUAUCACUACUACGUGUGGAGCAUAUCGGCGGUACUGACUGGUGUGGGGUUGACGGUGCUGUACGUGCCAGAUGCGGACUGCCACAACGUCCACGACAUGACGACGGCCUACAUGCGCAUCCUGCCCAACUACGUGAUGACUUACGGGCCGAUGAUAGCGGUGAUGGUCGCCAACCCCGUCCUCUACUACCAGGCAGCGCGGGAAGUCGACCGGCAGCUGGUGGCACGCUUCAGCCAGAUGUCCAACACCGAGCGGGACCUGAUGGCGAAGUUUAAGCUCAAGUUUUCCCUCAUCAAUCUCGUAUUUUACGUCUGCUGGCUGCCGAACCUGGUGAACGGUAUCGUGCUGUGGACGAUGUGGUACAAUCUGCCCUUCUCGAUGGUCAUCACCGUGUGGUACAUAAUGGCCAUCACGAAUCCGCUGCAAGCGUUCUUUAACUCUCUCGUCUACCAGAAGUGGAACUGCCGGUGGCGAUUUCGACGGCAGGCGAGUUCCGACUCUAGUGCAGAGCUCAGACGCCGCAACCGAACCUCAAUGGUCUGCACCGAAGGAACGCCACUGCUGCAGGCAAAGACGGAAUCACCGUCCGCCUCUACCCUCCACCUAAACCAACCCUCGGUCGAGCUGAUCCCGAAACCGACGCGAAGCAUUAACUCCUGCUCGCUAGUGUGACGUCGGAUGUGUUACUUAAUGUGCCGGCGGUUCGGGCACAACACCACCACCACCACCCCGAGGACAAAUCUGAUGUACUAUGGAACGUUCGAGGGGAACCGUGGGUUCAUGCAUCUACUUUGGCGGAGAUGGUUACUGCGGGGUGGACUGCUUACGCUAGAAUCCCAAGAGAUACCUCCUGCGAUCGCUAAGGAUAGGAAUAAUAACUCCGAAGGGGACUCCUUUUUCGGAGACUUCGGGAUGUUUUAUCUUAAGGAACUAUUUUAGAUGGAAGGUUUCGGUUGAACCGAACACUGUGGACGUCAUUAAGGUCAUUAGCUCAAGUAAGUAAACUGUCGGUGGGUUUACUUAAGCUGCACACUUGAACAACACUUAAGUCACUGUAAAGAUACGAAAUUAAGGCUAAGGACAAGAGCCCGAGAUUCCGGAUAACGAAUCCCAAGAACAUGGGAUGAUUUUUUCAGGAUAUUGAGAUCCGGGAUUCCGGGCUCCCAAAAUUCCGGAUCCUAGAUCCUAGGUGAGACGGAUCGGGAUCCGAGAUCUUGUCAUCAUGGGAUCUUAGGAUCCGGGAUCUAGGACUUCUGGAUCUUGGAGCUAUUGGAAUCUCUAAGAAACACUUGACCCAAGAACACUUGAAACACAACACUUAAGUCACUGUAAAGAUACGAAAUUAAGGCUAAGGACAAGAGCCCGAGAUUCCGGAUCGCGAAUCCCAAGAACAUGGGAUGAUUUUUUCAGGAUCUUGAAAUCCGAGAUUCGGAGAUUCUCCCUGCUCACAACAUUCCGGAUAUCGAGAUCCCGAGAUUCCAAGAUUCCGGAUCGCGAAUCCCAAGAAGUUGAGAUCAUCGGAGAUUCCCGGCUCCCAAGAUUCCGGAUCCUAGAUGAGACGGAUCGGGAUCCGAGGUAUUGCCAUCUUGGGACCUUGGGAUCUAGGGCUCCUAGAUAUUGGAACUAUUGGAAUCUAGGAAACACUUGAACAUCACGUUUAAUUCACUGUAAAGAUACCAAAUAAAGGCUAUGGAAAGGACACAAAAAAAA